CGGGCUCCAGAGAGCAGCCACCGGCGCGGCCCUGGGCGCGGCGGGCAGGGCUCGCGCUCGCGGCUGUCGUCGGCGUCGGUGCUCCCGCGUGAGGCCGCCCACCCGCGCCCGGUGUAGUUCCCGCCCGCCGCCGAGGCCACCCCGGGGUGUGAAGAUGCCGGCCGUGUCCAAGGGGGACGGGAUGCGGGGCCUGGCGGUCUUCAUCUCGGACAUCCGCAACUGUAAAAGUAAGGAAGCAGAAAUAAAGAGGAUAAACAAGGAACUGGCAAAUAUUAGGUCAAAAUUCAAAGGUGACAAGGCUCUUGACGGCUACAGCAAGAAGAAGUAUGUAUGCAAGCUGCUGUUCAUCUUCCUUCUGGGCCACGACAUCGACUUUGGACACAUGGAGGCCGUGAACCUGCUGAGCUCCAACCGAUACACGGAGAAGCAGAUUGGCUAUCUCUUCAUCUCGGUGUUGGUGAACUCCAAUAGUGAGCUGAUCCGCCUGAUCAACAAUGCCAUCAAGAAUGACCUUGCCAGCCGAAACCCUACCUUCAUGGGCCUUGCCCUGCAUUGCAUCGCCAACGUGGGCAGCCGGGAAAUGGCAGAGGCCUUUGCCGGAGAGAUCCCCAAGAUUCUUGUGGCAGGAGACACCAUGGACAGUGUGAAGCAGAGCGCGGCCCUGUGCCUGCUACGCCUGUACAGGGCGUCCCCUGACCUUGUCCCGAUGGGCGACUGGACGUCACGUGUGGUGCACUUGCUAAAUGAUCAGCACCUGGGCGUGGUCACUGCUGCCACCAGCCUAGUCACCACACUGGCCCAGAAAAACCCUGAGGAGUUUAAGACCUCCGUGUCCCUCGCUGUCUCGAGGCUGAGCAGAAUUGUGACGUCAGCAUCCACGGACCUCCAGGAUUAUACUUACUACUUUGUCCCAGCACCCUGGCUGUCGGUCAAGCUGCUGAGGCUGCUGCAGUGCUACCCGCCCCCAGAAGACCCUGCAGUGCGAGGCCGCCUCACCGAGUGCCUGGAAACCAUCCUGAACAAGGCGCAGGAGCCGCCCAAGUCCAAGAAAGUGCAGCACUCCAACGCCAAGAAUGCUGUCCUCUUUGAGGCCAUCAGCCUGAUCAUCCACCAUGACAGUGAGCCCAACCUGCUGGUCCGUGCCUGUAACCAGCUGGGCCAGUUUCUGCAGCACCGAGAGACCAACCUACGCUACCUGGCGCUGGAGAGCAUGUGCACGCUGGCCAGCUCCGAGUUCUCCCACGAGGCUGUGAAGACACACAUUGACACUGUCAUCAACGCCCUCAAGACGGAGCGGGAUGUGAGUGUGCGGCAGCGGGCUGUGGACCUGCUCUAUGCCAUGUGUGACCGCAGCAACGCCCAGCAGAUCGUGGCUGAGAUGCUGAGCUACCUUGAGACGGCGGACUACUCUAUCCGGGAGGAGAUCGUGCUAAAGGUGGCUAUCCUGGCGGAGAAGUACGCAGUGGACUACACCUGGUAUGUGGACACCAUCCUGAACCUGAUCCGCAUCGCAGGGGACUAUGUCAGUGAGGAGGUGUGGUACCGUGUCAUCCAGAUUGUCAUCAACCGUGACGAUGUGCAGGGCUAUGCCGCCAAGACAGUGUUUGAGGCCCUGCAGGCCCCUGCGUGCCAUGAGAACCUGGUCAAAGUGGGCGGCUACAUCCUGGGAGAGUUUGGGAACCUGAUAGCUGGAGACCCGAGGUCCAGCCCUCUGAUCCAGUUCAACCUGCUACACUCCAAGUUCCAUCUGUGUAGUGUCCCUACACGGGCCCUGCUGCUCUCCACCUACAUCAAGUUCGUGAACCUGUUCCCUGAGGUGAAGACCACCAUCCAGGAUGUGCUGCGCAGUGACAGCCAGCUCAAGAAUGCGGAUGUGGAGCUGCAGCAGCGGGCUGUGGAGUACUUGCGGCUCAGCACUGUGGCCAGCACUGACAUUCUGGCGACGGUCCUGGAGGAGAUGCCACCCUUCCCGGAGCGUGAGUCCUCCAUCCUGGCCAAGCUCAAGAAGAAGAAGGGGCCGAGCACGGUGACUGACCUUGAGGAGGCCAAGCGAGAGCGCAGUGUCGAUGUGAAUGGGGGCCCCGAGCCUGCCCCAGCCAGCGCCAGUGCUGCGUCCACACCCUCUCCGUCUGCCGACCUGCUGGGUCUAGGGGCUGCCCCCCCAGCCCCCCCAGGGCCCCCGCCCUCUGCCAGCGGGCUGCUGGUGGACGUCUUCUCCGACUCCGCAUCAGCCGUUGCACCCCUGGCUCCUGGCUCUGAAGACAACUUUGCCAGGUUUGUGUGUAAAAAUAACGGUGUGUUGUUUGAAAACCAGCUGCUUCAGAUUGGACUUAAGUCUGAGUUUCGGCAGAAUCUAGGCCGAAUGUUCAUAUUUUAUGGUAACAAGACCUCAACGCAGUUCUUAAACUUCACUCCAACGCUGAUCUGUACAGAUGACCUUCAGGCUAAUCUGAACCUGCAGACCAAGCCUGUGGACCCGACCGUGGACGGGGGUGCGCAGGUGCAGCAGGUAGUCAACAUUGAGUGUGUGUCCGAUUUCACGGAGGCGCCAGUCCUCAACAUCCAGUUUAGGUAUGGUGGCACCUUCCAGAAUGUGUCUGUCAAGCUGCCCAUCACACUGAACAAGUUCUUCCAGCCCACGGAGAUGGCGUCUCAGGACUUUUUCCAGCGCUGGAAGCAGCUGAGCAACCCUCAGCAGGAAGUGCAGAACAUCUUCAAAGCGAAGCACCCGAUGGACACAGAGAUCACCAAGGCAAAGAUCAUCGGGUUUGGAUCGGCACUCCUGGAAGAAGUCGACCCUAACCCUGCAAACUUUGUGGGCGCUGGCAUCAUCCACACCAAAACCACCCAGAUUGGGUGCUUGCUGCGCUUGGAGCCGAAUCUGCAAGCUCAGAUGUACCGGCUCACGCUGCGCACGAGCAAGGACACCGUCUCCCAGAGGCUGUGUGACUUGCUGUCAGAGCAGUUCUAACCCCGUGUGGGCAGUCGGGUUGUGUGUGUUGUUUCCCUUCAUCUCUGCCACUGUCUUGGUGACCACACUGCACAUAGUAGCCUUGUCUGAGCAUCUCAGCACCAGGGCCUGCACUUGUAUCAUCUGCCCAGCCUCAGGGCUGGACGGGACACAAGGGGGUCAGCGACAGGGACCGCAGCAGGCCAGCCUGUCCGAGGAGGGACCUGACGCUGGGAAAUGGAGGCAGCCUGUGGUUCAGUCUACAAAUUAAAGGGAAAUUAGAAGUUUGAGUGAAAGUGGGAAUUUUAUUGAGAGUUUAUUGAGUGCUGCUGUCCUUUCCCUGGUCCCGGGAGCUGUGGGUAGGGCCAGUUGCUGGAGGUGUGGUACUGGCCCUGGGCUGGGCCAUGUGCCCCUGGGGCCAGCUCCAGCACCACUGGACACUUUCAGGGCAGGAUUUUAAACCUAGGAGCUGGAAGUGUUUGUGUUUUAGUGACUCUCGUUCUGCCCCGUUCACAUGACUGUCUCCAGCAGUCUUCCUGAUGUUUUUACAGUUUGUUGGAGAUCUUAAACCUGCAUUUGGAGGGUGGGCUCUGGUGGCUCCAUGGGGCACCCACACUGCUCCUUUUUGGUCGAGUGAGUGUGCUGUACUCUUGGUGUAAAGAUGUCCCUAGGGGUGUCCGUCCUUCCCUGCCGGCGGCCCUCACCAUCAGCGUGGUAGCCCCUGGCUCCCUGGUGCCAGUUACAGGCCUGAGCACUGCAGACCCACACCUGUGCAGCCCCGUGGGCGGGGAGGAGGAGAGGAGGGAACCUGAGUCUGGGCAGAAAGUGACAGGGCCAGGUGCUGUGGUGGCCCUGGGUAGGUGUGCUGAGAGUGUGCCAGCCAGCCAUGGCUGCACAGCCAUGCUGUGUGCAGUGGCCUUGGGAGUCACCUCUGGGCCUGUACAACCCCCAACGUGUGCCUAGCCCAGGCUUCAUGCUGGCGAGGCUGGGCAGCUUCGUCCUGAGCACACUGUGCCAGACACCAUCGUCCUGGCUCUCUAGGCCGCACCCAAAACUCCCGCAGUCCCAUACUGUGGAUCUCACGCUGUUGGCUUUAGAGCAUUCUCCCAUCCUGGUCCUGUGUCUGCUGGAGCCUGGGGUCUGCGUCCUGCGCCUCGAGGUGUCCCUGCUGAUUUCGGAUCAGAAAGUCCCCGGCCUGAAGGGGCUUCUGCUGGGGCCCAGCCCUGCCCUUUGCCUGUGGGGUGCCUUCCCGCAGUACUUCUGUCCAGAAGAAAAUAAACACUAGAGCAGAGCCUGGA